GCGCAGGCAGGCGCUGCCGAUGCCGAGCCACUGCCGUCUGCCCCGCUCGCUCUCUGAACCAGUCGAUUUCCAUCAAGAAUUUCCCAGCACACAGCACAGCAGUCGUUGUGUGUGUCUCGCUGCGGCAAGACGUACGCCCGUGCUCCCUUCCGGUCACAUCUCCGCAACCAGCCGUCGGCAAUUCGGCGCCCAAUCGGCACCGUCGGCGUCUCUGGACUCUUACAAACUGUUUUCCGUGUUGAUUGUGCACACCCGGGCAGCGCUGUCCGCCCCUUAACUCGGCUCCUCUACGCAGCCGACUCACGCCAAAGAUAACUUGGCAUUCGUAACUGACGUCGAGUGACAACCCUUCUCGCGUCAUUUUUAUCACCCGCCAGCUGCUCACGGAAACAACGCUGAUCUGCAAACCUCAUUCUGCCAAGGAGUGAUGGGACUCGGAGCCAGCGGCUUUCCAGCCUGAUUGUCACAUAGACCAAAGUCGCGCCAUCAGCAGGACAAGCUGGCAGCAUCCGUGAUGAACCCGCACUUCCACGGGUACUCGGAGCUGAGUUCGCCGCACUCUCCGCCGCCGGACAACAGCAGCUACCACCAGCAGGGCCCUCAGGGGCCGCACCAGCACCCUCCGCCCGGCAUGGGUGGACCACCGGUCAGCAACGGGGGCGGGCCGCCACACGGGGGCGGGCCGCCGCACGGGGGCAUGCACCACCACCACGAGGGGGGCAUGCAUCCCCACGGGGGACCGCAUUCGCUGCACCACGCGCACCCCGGACCCUACCCGCCUCCGCAGCACAUCCUCAACAACAACAAUAAUAACAUCAACGCCAACAACAACGUCAACAACAACAGUGGACCCGGUGGCAUGGGUGGCAUGGGCAGUCCCACGUCGCACAUGCACCCCGGGCAGGGGGGCGGCGGUGGGCCCCAGAUCAAGGUGUGCGCCGGCUGCGGGGGCAAGAUCGUUGAGCGGUACUUGCUCUACUCGCUGGACCGCUACUGGCACAACGCCUGCCUCAAGUGCCAAUACUGCCACGCUAUGCUGGCUGACAUUGGCACCUCCUGUUACACUAAGGGGGGCAUGAUCCUCUGCAAAACCGACUACGCUCGAAUGUUUGGUCAUUCGGCACCAUGCACAGCUUGCGGCCAGAACAUCCCAGCUGGCGAGCUCGUGACGCGUAUCCAGGGUCAAGUUUACCACCAGAAAUGCUUCUCUUGCUCUAAGUGCGGUGGCCCACUAAUGUCAGGUGAUCGAUUUUGUCUCAUGGCUGGCUCGCCGGUGUGCGAGCAGGACUGGCAUAAGUUUAUCAAAAGUGCAUCGGUCACGGGUCAAGGGCCCCUCACACCAGGUACACCUGGAGGACCAAAUACCGGCGGCCCCCAAACUGGCCCUGUGCGCAAGGGUAAGGUGGGUCGGCCACGGAGAAGCAGAGACUGAGGGGGUGGUCAGCCGUCGCGACGGGGGCGGCGGCUGGCUGUGAAUUCUGCAGGGCCGGUGACUUCAAUGCCUGGAAGGCCUCAGAUGGAAGGAUCUGAGGACGCCGCAUUGGACUGGGCGACGUCGUGGUGAUUAUACUGCCACCCGUCACUCAUGAAUUAAACGAGCUCACAUUAGGACGCAAAACUGUUUCCUCACCCAAGAUCACGCUCUUGCAACAGUGAAAGUGACACUCGGACCAAGUGAUUUUGUAGCUCAAUCAAAUUCAGCCCGCCAUUUGUGCAACAAUCAAACUCGACAUCCCCGUUCUUACACCUAGUUUAGUAUUAACAACGCGAGAAAAGACUCUAGAGACAUUAUCAACCCUCGAAAUGCUGCGUGAAUUUGUUGACGUUUCAGCGAGAAUGCCUGCUUGAUAUUACUCUCAUCAUAGGAAACACGGACCCUAGAGUGCGACAGAGGUUCUGAAAGGAAGAAAUUUUUCUUAAUUGAAAAUCUGUGAUGAUGUGUACAUAGGUGUAUUGAAUUCAAGACAAAAACGAACAUUUUUGCAACAACAUCAGGAGACCUACAAACACGUUUCUUUUAUUGAUUCAUAUUUUUAUCAUUCGAAAAUAAAUAAUAAAUUACUGGCGGGAACAACAUGAAAAGCGAGUAGAUUAUUUGCUUCCUUCUGUACUUAUUUUUCGCUCUGGAAUGAAACAAAUUAAAUUGAUAUUUUGCCACCGAUCAUUUUCAAGUUGCGCCACAGUUGGAGUGAAUGCAGAAUUUCUUGAGGUAAUUUUUCGACAAAAAAUCAACAUAUUUUUCAAACACCCGACGGCAUUUUUUGCCCCCCCCCCCCUCCGAAUCGAUGUUGGAUUGUUGUUGCUGUUGAUGAACCGGUUCUUUCAGAUUCAUUUCCCGCGAAAUUUUUGAAGGACUUUUAGACGGACUUCCUGUUUUUGGUCUGAUUGUUUACACCUAAAUGUUCAAAUUGUUACGCUGGAUCUUCUGCAUAAAAAUGAGCGAAAAAAUGAAUGAAUUAUAAAUUGCGUGUAAUAUAAAUAAUUCUUCUUGAUGGAUUUGGUACAACCUGAUGUCUGUGAUCCUCGACUAUACCUUGGCGAUUGAUGGUUUGUUUUAGCAAUAAUUUACACGGACACACGUUUCAUGAAAAUGCAACUUGAUCACACCCAUUUCUGAGAGCAAUACACGAUUUUAGCUUGCCAAGAACGCAAAGAGAGUCGCCGCCACAUUGAAGUUGACUUUUAGUUUACCCUGUCAAUUUUAAAGUUUUUUAAGGGCUAUUAUCCGAAGCAAAGUUCCAAUCAGGCAGAUCUGAUUUUUUUUUUGAAAUGCGAUAAUGUAUUUGUUGUUUUAUUGUUUUAAUGGAAAACUUGAACGAUAAAAAAUUACCUUGCCUAAUGUUUCUUGCCCAUUGUUGAUGAGGUUUUAAGGGUGUUGUUAUGGUUGUUUUGGAUGAAGAAAUGGCGUACAAAUCCCCAAGAACUGUACAUUUUAAUAAACUGCCUUUUUUUCCUUGAGUAAUUUUCAUUCACUGUCAGCGCUCACAUACCAACACAAUGAAAAAGUGUUUGUUGGAUUUUUCCGUUGCGAUGAAUAUCAACCAACAAUUAUUAUUACAACUGUUACACAAUUCAUGAGCGAACGCCGCUUCUUUCUCUCUGCUCUGCUCCUACUCAUUUUUUUAAACGACGCAGAAAAUUGUAAUGUAACAUAAAAAGAUUCAUUAUAAUAAUUAUUGUAUUAAAUUAUGGCGCAGAACUGCGAGAGAAAAUGAAAUUUUGAGAAUCACAUUUGCUCAACCAUGUUACAAUUUGUGUGAAUAAUGUUGAAAGCGGAAUACGUGAAACAAAAAUGAUGGCGAACCAAUAAAAUGAAUCAUAAUGAAA